AGUUGUCUGUGGUACUGAUUGGGUACUGGGUACUCCGUGGGUCCCUGUGGGUCGGUGUAAUCGGAUUACUUCAUUCUUCACCUCUGAUUCGGAGGAAACUCCCCCGGACUCACUGACUGAGGGUGGAGAGGAAACACCGGUACACGCGCACAGGCUCCACGCGCGGAGGGAGGGGACGAACCCGCGCGCCCAUUCAGCUCCUCCGGCUCUAACAGAAACUCUUCUGCUUCGGUUCGAACUCAUUUCUUUCACCGGGUUCAUUUUUCAUCUGUUUUGUUUAAUUUUUUACUUUAGUGUCGGUUUGUCGGACUCACUGGAGGCUCGCGCGCACAAACGGACUGACAACCGUUUUACGCACGAGACAUCGGAGACCCCGGGGAGCAACAGGAGGAUCCAGAACCGGGUUCGAGCGGACAACACGACCCGUUGUCUGUGUUUCCUGAAGUGUUUCUUCGUCGUCAUGGUUCAGAGACUGUGCUCCACCAUGGUCCUGCUCCUGCUCCUGGUCCUGGUCCUGGUCCUUGCGCUGGCCCCAAUCCCCUUGACAGUGGCGUACAGUCUGGACCAGGACCACAGUCUGGGGUUCCGAGGUCCACCCUCCUCAAUGUUUGGAUACUCAGUCCUGCUGCAUCGACACAAAACCCAAACCUGGUUGGUCGUCGGGGCGCCCGUUGCUAACUCCUCGUCCAAUCCCUUCACUCUGUCUCCUGGAGCUAUUUACCGCUGUGGCGUGGAUGAACAUGGCGCCUGUCAGCUGAUGCACGCUGAUGUAUCACGAUGUGGGAAGACAUGUGAAGCAGAGAGUGACCAUCAGUGGCUGGGCGUUAGUCUGUCCAGACAACCUGGAGACAACGGACACAUUCUGGCAUGUGCUCACCGAUGGAAGAACGUCUUCUACUCCAGGAAAGACCAGAACCACAAGCUGCCCAAUGGAGUCUGCUAUCGGUAUGGCAACGACCUGAGCCACGCCCAGCCCAUCAUCCCCUGUUACAGAGACCACCAGAGGAAGUUUGGGGAGGAUUAUGGGUCGUGUCAGGCCGGCAUCUCCAACGUCCUGACAGAGGAUCUGAUUGUCAUGGGGGCCCCGGGGACAUCCUACUGGACCGGGUCUGUCCUGGUCUACAACACAACCAGCAGAGCCAUGGCAGUUUAUCUGGACGACAACUCAGAGACUAUCAGCUUUGGCAGCUACCUGGGUUAUUCUGUUGCAGCUGGUCACUUUCUGAGUCCCUCUAGUUUGGAGGUGGUGGGCGGAGCUCCGCAGUACAACCAGCGUGGAAAGGUCUACAUCUUCUCCAUCGAAUCCAGCAUGUUACGGGUCAUCUCUACAGUGUCGGGAAUGGAGCUGGGAUCGUACUUCGGCUCCAGUGUUUGUGCCGUUGAUCUGAACGCUGAUGGGCUGUCAGACCUGCUGGUUGGUGCUCCCAUGGCAACAGGCGCGGCCAGGGAAGAGGGGCGGGUUCACGUGUACAUGAACCAGGGGGAGGCUGAGCUGUUGGAGGCGGAGUUUCAGCUAAAAGGAAGUGAUGCCUACGCUGCCCGGUUUGGUGAGGCCAUCGCUGACCUGGGAGACCUGGAUGAUGACGGUUACCCAGAUGUGGCGGUCGGUGCCCCACAGGAAGACGAACUGAGAGGAGCCGUUUACAUCUACAAUGGCCGAGAGGACGGCAUCUCACCAACUCCUUCACAGCGGAUUACAGGAUCCAUGUUGGGUCGUGACCUCAGGAUGUUCGGCCAGUCACUGAGUUCAGGGGUGGACAUCGACGGCAACGGUUACCAGGACGUGGCCAUCGGUGCGUUCCUGUCAGACUCAGCUGUCGUUCUCAGGACCCGUCCUGUUGUCCGGGUGGAGGCGUCUCUGGUUCUGCCGGAGCAGGUUGACCAGCAGGUGGCGCUCUGCAGAGAUCAUAAGACUCCGUCGGUGUGUUUCAACGUCACUGUGUGUUUCACCGUCAGCUCCAGACAGUACAGAGGAGCCAUAGAUCUUCAGUAUAAUUUGACCUCUGACCUCCUCCAUAAGCCGUCCUUCCCUCAUCGUUUCUAUUUCCAUGGAAACGGCUCAUCCAACAGCACAAAGGGGCGGGUGAGGGCGCGGCUGGGCCAGCUCACCUGUACAUCUCACCUGGCUCUUCAGAGGAAGGACGUGAGGGACAUUUUCACACCGAUCCGCUUCGAGGUUUCCUACGGCCUCAGAGAAACCCACGCCCACAGGAGCCCAUCCAGGUCUUUACCACCAUUAAAGCCCAUCCUGCAGCAGGGGGCGGGGCGUCAGAACAGCGUCAGCAGACAGACCCGUUUUGCUCGUUCCUGUUUUCUGCUCAACUGUUCGACCGAUAUGCAGCUUUCAGCUCAGCUCGUUCUGCCGCAGCGGCGUCCAUACUUUGCCCUCGGCUCUACACGAACCGUCAUGUUGAACGCCACAGUGACCAACGCCGGAGAUGACGCCUUCCUGCCCCGCCUCACGCUGCGUUUCCCCGACCACAUCCACUACGUUCGUGUGCUGCAGACGGAUGAUGCGUUGGUGAGCUGUGACCUCAUACAGGAAGUCAACAGUACGGUGGGCGUGGACUGCGGCGUCUCCGGCCUCCUGCUGCCGGCUCACACCCAGCUGAACGUCAGUUUCCUGUUCGACGUGAGUCAGAACAGUACGGCAGGAGACAUCUCCAUCCAAGUCAGCACCAGCAGCGAUAACUAUGAGAAUGAGGAGUAUCUCCAUGACAACGCCCUCACUCUGCUGCUUCCUUUGAAGUAUGAAGUCGACCUCAACAUCCAUGGUUUCGUGAGUCCGACCUCCUUCGUGUUUGGAGAUGAAGACUUGACUCCAGUUGCCUGUUUUAACGAGAGGUUUAACUACACGUACAAGGUAUUAAACUCAGGUCAGAGCAGGUCGGUGGACACUGUGGUGGAAAUCACCCUGCCCAAGACCCUGACUCCUCACCGCCACCGUCUGCUGCAGGUGGUCGACUGGCAGUCAUCUCAGGGGGUUUGUUCCAUCAGUGAUACAUCGAUUCCCGUCAUCGAGGACUGUGAUGUCCCCCAGGCAUCUUUUAUCAAACAGCUGGUCUUCUUCUUCUCCUCCACGACCAUGCGCACCAUGUUCUGUGGACACGAUGGCCUCCUGUGUGAGCGGUUGGUGUGUCGCCUUGGUAACCUGGAGGCGGGGCGAGUCGCCACCAUCCAACUGGACAUCAGACUGAACCCAAAGGUUCUCCUGCAGGCACCGGGCCGUCAUGGCGUCAUGGUGUUGGAGAGCACGGCGCUGAUGACAUCACCGAAAGAAGAUCAUCACACCACACUGAUCCAGACACAGCCCAUGACCCAGGUGCUGGUUGAAGCUCUUUUUACCCACAAGCCCUCGAUGACAGUGAAGGUGUUCAUCAUCGUGGUCAGUUUAGUUCUGGGUCUGAUGAUCCUCGCCGCUCUCAUCUGGUGUCUGUGGAAGGCCGGUUUCUUCAAGAGGAAUCUCCAGAAAAAGGAGGAGUUCAACAGGGACAGCUGGGACUAUGUUCCCAAAGCCGACAACAGGGAGAGCACCUCCUAACCCCGGUGACCUUUGACCCCUGACCUUGUACUGAAGGAGUGUAUGAUGAGUCUGUGAACAGGAGCGGCAGGUGUCACAUGUUCUGAACGUCCACGUGUCCAGACGUGCACGUGAACACCUCGUGACUCUGACCUUUGACCUUUUACACAUCCGAAUGGUGGAAGGGGAUCAUUGAAGGGACGUGUGGACCAAUCAGAGCCCACCGUCGGGGCUUCCUGGGACGUGACACAUUGACCUUUUCUCUCAGGGGAUGGAAACCCCAGCUCUGAUUGGGCUGUGACUCUGAAGCCCCUCCCUCCUGUCACUCUCUGUACAUAAGUCAGAUGUAUGUUGGUUUUGUGCUUUCGUUCACCUGCUGACGACGCUCGAUGCACCGGUCAUAUGUUCACGAAGACGAGGCGUCGGGUCACAGCAGCGGAGACGAUUCCUCAGAAGAACACGAAGGAGCUUUGAAAUGUUUGAACACUGGCCCAAACGGAAAUUCUGAUGCAUCAAAUGAAGUCCAACAGCUGGUUUUCCAGGACCCUGGUGCUGGUGGAGCUGGAGGUGGGUCACUAUCAGAACCAGUUUGUUCUCAGGAUCUACUUUAGAAGAACCAGGACACAUAAUUCCACCUCGUCUCCUUCCUUUUUCUGUCCUCAUCACUGCAACCACACACUCAAGUGACAUGUGGUGACACUGGGCCCGUUUACACGACCAUAAAAAUCCAAUAACUGUCAGAAAUCGGAUAAUUGUAAUAAUCAGAUAUGACACAUUUACAUGCAUUUAAGAAAUAUGAUAAUCGGCAUAAGGUAAAUAUUUAAAUGAUGGGGCCUAAGAUGGUCCCCUGAGGGAUCCCAUUCUUAAUUUAAUGAUCAGUAAUAACCUGAUAACUCCACUAAUCAGAUAUUGAUCAGAGCAUUAGUGUGAAUGUAAACGGGGUCAGUGUCAUCAGUGUCCAUCUGUAGACCCACAUCUGAAAAUACAAUAAUGUAAACGUAUAAAUGACAGGCCUAAGACAAGUGACUGAGGGAUCCCAUUCUCAAUUUAAUGAAAUACAGAUUUAUGAUCAAUAAUAAUCUGAUAACUCCACUGAUCAGAUACCGAUCAGGGUAUUAGUGUGGAUGGAAGCGGGCUCAGUGAAGCUUUUCUUUUCUAGGAUUUACACGUUUUAAUACCAUGAUGACCAAAACAGCUUCUCUCUUGAUAUUAUUUUACAAUUAUUUAACGUUAUUUAUUUUUGCGUCCUCGUAACCGCCGAGAUGUGUUUGAUUUGUUUAAAGAACGGGACGAAACAAUCUGAAGAGAUCAACUGUUUUUCCUGAACCGUAGUCGAUGGUAUCAGAAGUAUCUCCAGAUCUGAAUAUGACAGAAUAGAUCAUGUCAAUGUAUCCAUGGAAACGGCUUCAGUUUCCCAGCAACAGCAGUGGACUUCAUCUGCCAGGUGUUGAGAUCCUCCAUUGGUGUCCAAACCCAAAAAAACAACAAAAACAUUUACUCUAGAGGAAAAGAGUCUGAGCUGCUCCAGAGUCUGGACGUCACACAUUUCUCUGUUUCUUUCAUCGCAUUUGUCGUAAAGAACAAAUGUGACGCGAUAUUAGAUGUGGUCCAGAUUCCUCAGUUCCUAAAUCUUCAUUUGGAUGGACCCUGAAUGUACCAUAGAGACACAGUAAGACUACAGGGAAGUGGACCCUGAAUGCACCACAAACACACAAUAUAAGAUAAUGAGCCCUGAACACACCAUAAAUACACAGACUGUAGGGCAUUAGACCCUGAACGCACCACAGACACACAUAGACUACAGGACAGUGGAUCUGAAUGCACCACAAACACACAGACUAUAGAACAGUGGUCCAUGAAUGCAUUACAAACACACAGACUAUAGGACAGUGGACCCUAAAUGUACCACAGUCACACAUAGAUUACAGGACAGUGGACCUGAACGCACCACAAAGACACAGCUUAUAGAACAGUGGUCCAUGAAUGCACCACAAACACACAUUAUAAGAUAAUGAGCCCUAAACGCGCCACAAACACACAAACUACAGGACAAUGGACUUGAACGCACCACAAACAUGCAGACUUUAGGACAGUGGACCCUGAAUGCAUCACAGACACACAUUAUAAGAUAAUGAGCCCUAAACGCGCCACAAACACACAAACUACAGGACAAUGGACUUGAAUGCACCACAAACAUGCAGACUUUAGGACAGUGGACCCUGAAUGCAUCACAGACACACAUAAUGUGACUACAGGCAGUAGACCAGAAGGCAUUACAAAGACACAAUCUGAGAACCCUGAAUGCACCUUGCAUACAGACUUUAGAAAAAAGGACCCUGAAUGCAUCACAAAUGCAGCUUGUUUGGUUUGAAGCCACACUUUGCCGCUGCAAACCCGACUCGUCCAACAUAUUUGGACUUUGGACGCUAAUUCUGUCCAACAAAAAUGUCGAUGUUGGGUGUGAUUGUUUUCCAUCAGCUCUUUUCUGAAGUUUUCAACAAAUGUGACAUGAUGUUCGACGUGAUCCAGAUUCCUCAGCUCCCAAACCCUCAUUUGACCUGGACAUGUUCUGGUUUAUCACAAAGAGGAACCCAACUGUGGACGACUACUUGAAAAAUCAAUGUUUAGAAAAUGUUGAUGUUGUUAAAAUUAUUUAACAGAAUGUUUUAAGCGUUAAAACGUCCCCCUUCCUCUGUUUUCAAUGUACAAAUGCACAUCACACACGGGUGUUUUUUAAUAUUUUAAUAAAUCAGUUGGUUUUGUUUAUGCACUGGAGUCUCACUGCUUUUAUCAAUGUCUGAAAAUAAAGGAUUUCUUAUUUAAUUAAACUGGAUUUUCUCAUCAUUUUAACAUCAGUAUUUCAGUUUUCACAUUAAAAAAAGAGCAUCUACAAACAGAUCAGUUGUACAUUUAACAUUAUAUCAUAGAAAAA